AUGAGCGGGAAUCAGGGCCCGAUCCUGCCCGUAAUCAAUGUGCCAGUCAACUAUGAUGAGGAACGAGACAAGAUUCAAGACUUUCUCGAACACUUCAAGGCAUCGCUUGCCCAGGUGCCAUCUUUAGCCGAUGUUGGUACGCAGCAUGCAUCAUACAUGCCGGACGAGUCGCCUGAGGCCGCACUAGCACGCGAAACAGAUGCAGGUGCUAUGGAGAUUGAUGCUCUGUACGAAAACACCGACAUGGCGCAGGACGCCGUCGUAAACAAAUACAUGGUCCAGCUGGUACGUAUGCAUGCCCCAACCGCGCCGCGCUCGUGGCCGCAUACGUCAGGAGAAGAAGAGGCACUGGGAUGGGCGUGA